UUUAUGCAACAGGGAGACCAUUGCAGAGGACAUACUACGUGAGUGAGGGUUUGUUGGGAAGAAAAUAGACAUUUUAACAUUUAGCAGCAACAUAAUUUCCUUUUGCCCUGCACAGCAUGUGUGAAUUUCGUAGAACGUGAACAUUCCGUUCUCAAUGCAGCCGAGGAACCGAAGUAGUUGGUCUCCGUCGCAGAGGAAGCCGUUCUGAGAGCACAGACAUGGCGGCGUCCUUCCUCCAUACAGGACGUCGCAGCUGUCUGCAGGGUCUGCAGGUGGCGAUGUGGAGCAGACUGGGUCCUCACGCAGCACUCAGCUCCACUCCUGCAGACAGCAGGACCAGGAGGACACACAUUAAGAAGGCCAAACCUCAGCCUGCUGUUGACAUCGCCAAGCUGCUGCAGAGUCUGCGUUCUGCCAAGACAAUCAAAGCUACAGACACUGCCCCCUCUGGGGCCGCUGCGGCUGGGAGUCACUCAGGGCCUCCUUCCCCUGACCCCCACCCUGACCCCCACCCUGACCCCCACCCUGACUUUGUCCCGGUCCCUGAUCUGCACCCUUCAAACCCAGACAAAGACCUCAGGGCAGAGCCUGUAGAAGAUCUUUCUCCCCUUAGGGCAGAGCCUGUAGAAGAUCUUUCUCCCCUUAGAGCAGAGCCUGUAGAAGAUCUUUCUCCCCUUAGGGCAGAGCCUGUAGAAGAUCUUUCUCCCCUUAGAGCAGAGCCUGUAGAAGACAUUUCUCCCCUUAGAGCAGAGCCUGUAGAAUAUAUUUCUCCCCUUAGAGCAGAGCCUGUAGAAGAUAUUUCUCCCCUUAGAGCAGAGCCUGUAGAAGAUCUUUCUCCCCUUAGGGCAGAGCCUGUAGAAGACAUUUCUCCCCUUAGAGCAGAGCCUGUAGAAGAUCUUUCUCCCCUUAGGGCAGAGCCUGUAGAAGAUCUUUCUCCCCUUAGAGCAGAGCCUGUAGAAGACAUUUCUCCCCUUAGAGCAGAGCCUGUAGAAUAUAUUUCUCCCCUUAGAGCAGAGCCUGUAGAAGAUAUUUCUCCCCUUAGAGCAGAGCCUGUAGAAAAUCUUUCUCCCCUUAGGGCAGAGCCUGUAGAAGAUCUUUCUCCCCUUAGAGCAGAGCCUGUAGAAGACAUUUCUCCCCUUAGAGCAGAGCCUGUAGAAUAUAUUUCUCCCCUUAGAGCAGAGCCUGUAGAAGAUAUUUCUCCCCUUAGGGCAGAGCCUGUAGAAGAUCUUUCUCCCCUUAGGGCGGAGCCUGUAGAAGAUUCUAUUACAGCUACACCAGCUGCCCCAGUUACCCCUGAACUGCCCUCUGACACAACCAUAGCUACACCAGCUGCAGUUGAAGGAGAAGUUGCACCUGCAGCUGAGACAGAAUCUGCCACAACGUCUGCAUUUGCCCCAGGAGACGCCCUAUCUCCCUUGAAGGAAACUACAGUUGCCCCUGUAACAGAGGAGGAGGUAACCGUUUUAACUUUCACCCCAGAACUUUCCUCAGAACAAGAUCUUGUUGACCUGGAAGUAACCCUGAAAGUUGCCCCAGUAGUAGUCACAACUGUCCCAGUAGAAGCUGAAGUUACCCCAGUAGAGGUCACAACUGCCCCAGUAGAGUUGGAAAUUGCCCCUAUAGCGGUCAUAACUGCCCCUGUAGAAGCUGCAGUUGCCCCAGUAGAGGUCACAAUUCCCCAUGUAGGAGUUAAUGUUGCCCCAGUAGAGGUGGAAGUUCUCCCAGUUGAGGUCACUACCGCUCCUGUACAGACUGAUAUUGCCCCAACAGCACCCACAGCUCCACUUGCAUUAGAAAUGAUUGUUGCCCCAGUAAAAUACACAACUUCCCCUGUAGCAGCUGAAGUUUCCCCUGUAGAGAUCGCAAUUGCCUCUGUAGAAGCUGAAGUUGCCCCUGUAGAGGUCACAAUUGCCCCAGUAGAAGCUGAAGUUGCCCUGGUAGAGAUGGAAGUUGCCCCAGUAGAGGUCACAAUUGCCUCUGUAGAAGCUGAAGUUGCCCCAGUAGAGGUCACAAUUGCCUCUGUAGAAGCUGAAGUUGCCCCAGUAGAGGUCACAAUUACCCCAGUAGAAGCUGAAGUUGCCCUGGUAGAGGUCACAAUUGCCCCAGUAAAAGCCGAAGUUGCCCGUGUAGAGGUCACAAUUGCCCCAGUAGAAGCUGAAGUUGCCCUGGUAGAGGUGGAAGUUGCCCCAGUAGAGGUCACAAUUCCCCAUGUAGGAGUUAAUGUUGCCCCAGUAGAGGUGGAAGUUCUCCCAGUUGAGGUCACUACCGCUCCUGUACAGACUGAUAUUGCCCCAACAGCACCCACAGCUCCACUUGCUUUAGAAAUGAUUGUUGCCCCAGUAAAAUACACAACUGCCCCUGUAGCAGCUGAAGUUUCCCCUGUAGAGAUCACAAUUGCCUCUGUAGAAGCUGAAGUUGCCCCUGUAGAGGUCACAAUUGCCCCAGUAGAAGCUGAAGUUGCCCUGGUAGAGAUGGAAGUUGCCCCAGUAGAGGUCACAAUUGCCUCUGUAGAAGCUGAAGUUGCCCCAGUAGAGGUCACAAUUACCCCAGUAGAAGCUGAAGUUGCCCUGGUAGAGGUCACAAUUGCCCCAGUAAAAGCCGAAGUUGCCCGUGUAGAGGUCACAAUUGCCCCAGUAGAAGCUGAAGUUGCCCUGGUAGAGGUGGAAGUUGUCCCAGUAUAUGUCACAAUUCCCCAUGUAGGAGCUAAUGUUGCCCCAGUAGAGGUGGAAGUUCUCCCAAUUGAGGUCACUACCGCUCCUGUACAGACUGAAGUUGCCCCAGUAGAGGUCACAGCUGCCCCUAUAGCAGCUGAAGUUGCACCAGUAGAGAUCACAAUUGCCCCAGUAGAUGCUGAAGUUGCCCUGGUAGAGGUUGAAGUUGCCCCAGUAAAGGUCACAAUUGCCCCAGUAGAAGCUGAAGUUGCCCCUGUAGAGGUCACAAUUGCCCCAGUAGAAGCUGAAGUUGCCCCAGUAGAGGUCACAACUGCCCCUAUAGCAGUUGAAGUUGCACCAGUAGAGAUCACAAUUGUCCCCGUAGAUGCUGAAGUUGCCCUGGUAGAGGUGGAAGUUGCCCCAGUAGAUGUCACAAUUGCCCCAGUAGAAGCUAAAGUUGCCCUGGUAGAGGUGGAAGUUGCCCCAGUAGAGGUCACAAUUGCCCCAGUAGAUGCUGAAGAUGCUCCAAUAGACAUCACAACUACCCCUGUAGAAGUGGAAGUUGCCCCAGUAGAGUACACAACUGCCCCAGAAGAGCCUAUAGCCACCCCUCCUGUAGAGAGAAUUUCCACAACAACAGACUCACCUGUAGAGGUCAUCAGUGGAGCACCAGUCACCUCUGCUAUUGGACAGGACCUGGCAGUUGAGGCUGCUAUUGGCCAGCAGAUGGCAGCUGAGGCUGUUACUGAGCUAGAGCCUGCAGCUAAAAUUGCCAUUGGCCAACUGCAGGCAGCUGAUAGUGCUCUUGGCCAACAGUUGGAAGAAACUGAGGUUGCUAUUGGCCAGGAGCUAGAAGAAACACAGGUUGCUAUUGGCCAGGAGCUAGAAGAAACACAGGUUGCUACUGGCCAGGAGCUGGCAUCGGAUGUUGCUAUUGAGCCUGAGCUGGCAGGUGUGGCUGCUAUCGGCCAGGUGGCCCCAGUUCCAGAGACAGUAGACCCUGAAGACUCUGUGAUGCUGGGACCAUGUGAUGGAGAACCAGGGGACUCUGGAGACCAAGACACUGCUGAGGACGGUCUGGACCCGGUUCAGAAGAUCUUCCUGGACAAGAUCAGAGAGUACUCCACCAGGAGCCAAGCUUGUGGGGGUCUGGUGGAGGCAGGGAUAGAGUAUGAGAAAGCCCUGUCAGAGGAGAGAGUGAAGCUCCAGCGUCUGUUUGGGGGAGGAGACCUCAGCCAGUUCCCAGAGUUCUCCUUCCCAGAUCCCCCUCUAGAUGAGGUGUCCCCUAAAUAACCAGCUGUCUUCUUCACUUUUCUUCAAAAAGACCUCUGGGGAAAAACGGUUGAUAAAGUUUCAACAUAA